CUUGACGCUAACCUACAAAUAGAAAUCAAUAACUUUCGGAGCAUCCCCAAAAUUUGCAAGUGCAUUUCCUCUCUUAUCAAAAAACAAACAAAAAAUAAAGAAAUGGCAUUCCUAUCCGAAGGUACUAAGGAGCGAUUGAACAUCGUCAUCAACUUGACAAAAACCGUCUUCCACUACGGUUUCAUCCCAACAGUUCUUUACUUAGGAUUCAAAAAAGGCGCCGAUCCAGGAAUGCCCGAGAUCACACUCUCCAGCCUCCUUUGGUAGAAGACACCAAGAGAUGAAUUGGAUAGAAUAGUUAGUUAACCUGUUAUUAAUAAACUUCCUCAAUUUAUAGUCAAAUAAAACUAUUAUGUGAUUGCAUUAUAAUUUAAAA